CCCCGUCAAACUUCUACACAAUUCAAACAAAAAUGUUGCAAUAGAUACCCCACAUUCCCUCUUAUUUUCUCAUAAUAGCCAAUUUCUUCAUUUAUUUCUCUUUAUAUAUAUACAUGGCCUUGACAUUAUAACCACACCCCACAAUGAACGAACCAUCAAACCCCGAACUCGAGUCCUUCCGCCAGCAGUGGCGCGCCGAGGUAUUCGCGAAAUCGAAACCCGGCGACUCGAGCCCCUCCAAGAAAUCGACCCAGCCUCCCUCGAAACCGACUGCGCGCAGGCCAUCAGUUGUCCCACAGGCUCCUCCCAGGCCAUCCGCGGACGCUGAAAGCGACAACGAGCCCUCCGACGAGGAUGCCGACCUGGUAUCUCCCGCGCCCCUCCACCCUUCCAGCUUCGAGGUUUCCUCAGCGAGGUCGGCAGUCGAGAAAGAUGUCGAGAAGUUCAGUGGCACCGCGACCAAAGAGCCCGAGUCGGCAUUGGAACACUACGAAAAGGCCGCCGAGCGAGAAUUACAAGGCAAUCUCGGGGACAGCUUGACGCACUAUCGCAAGGCCUUCAGGAUAGACGACCGCGUCGACCUCAAAUACAAAAAUAAACACUUCCCCCCCUCUGCCGGCCCCAAACCCACCACCACCAGCACCCCCUCCUCCGCCACCCCCGCCACCCCCGCAACCCCCGCAACUCAACCCACCUCAAUCGCCCUCUCCACCCCCGACCUCCUAACCUCCUUUUCCUCCCUCCUUAUCACCCCCGCCCCUCCCCCCAUCGAAGGUGCCCCCGCCCCCCCCUGCCCAAUCGCCACCCUCCCCGAAGAAAUCCUAACCCACAUCCUCACCGACCUGGCGCUCCUCGACCCGGCGUCCUUCCUUCGCACCGCACAAACCUGCAAGCGUCUCGCCUACCUCAUCGCCACCGAGGAUCAGAUCUACAAACGCAUUUGCCAGGGCCACGAAGUCGGGUUCGGGGGUAUGCAUUACAGCUGGCAGUUAGAAGUUAGCGUCGCCCCCCUCCCCGUCGCACUCGGCACCCUCGACGGCCCCCCCGCCGACGAAGCCAGCGCGGCUCCACGGGCCCCGCUCUUACUAAACACCCUCUACCCCUCCUAUGCAACCAUGUUCCGCCACCGCCCCCGAAUCCGCUUCGAUGGCCUCUACAUCAGCACCGUGAACUAUAUGCGCGCUGGCGCCGCAGCCGCCACGCAGUCAACAUGGGACUCCCCCGUCCACAUCGUGACGUACUACCGCUACCUCCGUUUCUUCCGCUCUGGGGCUGUGAUUUCGCUUCUCGGGACGCACGAGCCAAGUGAAGUCGUGCAUGCCCUUCUCACCGGCUUGCUGGAGGGUAAGCGCGCGCCGAAAGGUAGCCCAGUUGCCGACGCGCGGAGGGGGCGGUGGAGGCUUGGCGGUGGGGGUGAAGGGGGGAGGAGAAAGGGGGGAACGGAGGGGUGUGAUGAGAGGUAUAUUUAUAGGAUGGCGCUGAGGGUGAAGGGGCAGGAGAGGGGGAGGGCGAGGCUGGGGUGGGAGGGGUUUUGGAAUUGGAAUCGGUUGACGGAUGAUUGGGCGGAGUUUGGGUUGAGGAAUGAUAAGCCGUUUGUGUUUAGUAAGGUGCAUUCUUAUGGGGUGGGGGUGUAA